AGCCAAGUUCAACCAGAACCUAACCCAUAAAGUUUAAUUCUGUUUUCUCCUAAAAAACAAUCACGUAAUUUUUGGUUCUUCAAAAUUUUUAAAGGUUCGAAAUUUGUGUGUAUAAUAUAUGGCAAGUGGUGAUUGUUGUGUUGGUGCUGUCCGUUUUUGGUCUAAUAAUACAAGUUCAAUGGUCAAUAAUCGGACUAUGUACUAGGAUGUGAUUUUCAAAUAAAAAUGGCAAUCAUCAUACAUUAAAUGACUCACCUUGUUUAAUUAAACAAACAACGACAUGACAAUUAAUGACGUAAUCAUAUAAGUUUAACAUUAUAUUCUUAACUUUCUAGCAUCAUGUACAGUGUGCAUGCAAACUGAGAGUUGAUCUGUUUUAAUUUUAAUCAAAUUUGAACUCGACCGGAUUUAGGACCAUUCAAGUUUCAUUAGAGACUUCACAACCGCUGUUACUAUCAACGAGUUGGCCAUUUACACUCAGAAGAUAUGGAUCCUAAUUUUGCACGACGAUUUUCAAAUGCGGGGAGUACGCUAUAUGAUACCUUAGAAUUAGAAAAAGGUGCAACCCAAGAUGACAUAAAGAAACAGUAUCGGAGGCUAGCGCUGAGAUAUCAUCCAGAUAAAAAUCCCAAUAACAAUUCGGCAACUGAAAAAUUUAAGGAUGUAAACAAAGCUCACAAAAUUUUGUCAGAUCCCUCAAAAAAAGAGAUCUAUGACAAACAUGGUUCCCUCGGACUGCACAUCGCGGAAAACUUUGGAGAAGAAAACGUUAAAUUUUAUUUUAUGCUAUCCUCAUGGUGGUGUAAAGCGUUGUGCGGCGUAUGUUGCAUUAUCACUGGAUGUUACUUUUGCUGUUGCUGCCUAUGCUGCUGUAAUUGUUGUUGUGGAAAAUGUGCUCCUAAAGUAGAGGAAGAAGAUAUACCUAAUGCCGAGGAUUUGGCAGCUGAGGAAGAAGAAUUUGCAAAAGGUGAUGGUCCCACAGUGACACAACCUCUGGGAAAAAGUAGUCCAUCAAGUGAUCACUCUCCAAAAAUGACUGCAAAUGGAAGUAGCUCUUCAAGUGCCAUUCCACUUGGUCCUGGACCAAUGUCAUCCUCACCAAGAACCACGCAACCAAUAUCUUUGGGACCCCCUCCUGGCUAUAGCUCAAGUCCUACACGUAGUCCUCCUUUAACAACAGCUUCGGAGAAUACUGAGCUAAACAAUACUGGUGGUUCACCAAAGCAUUAUAGUAGUACAUCGAAUAAAUGGUGAUUUAUCGCACAAUUUCCGGUCAAAGUCCAUAUUCUUGACGCAUUGUACUUUUGUAUUAGAUUGAUGAUUGUUUCAAGAUUUAUUAUGGUAGAUUUCAACUUGAGUAUUUCUUUUUGUCUUUUGUUCUAAGAACACUCUAAAUUUUAUCUGCGUAAAUAUUAGUGCUUAAGAAACCACAAGUUUGCCUAGUACUUUUACUAUUUAUGCAUGGUUUUAAAACCAACCGGAUUUGGUAAAAUUCUCGUCAACAAUUACCCAAGCGCCUAUAUACAAACUCGACUCAAUAAUAUUGGCCGCAGUGCCCUAUAUACAUAAGUACUACUGUACCACUACUGACAAUGCAGACCUCUUGGUGUACCUAUAAUAUCUCUUCGAAAGUAAUAUACAUAAUACACUUAUAUAUUCCUCAGAUGAGUCAAUAUGCAAUUUUGUGAAAUUAGUAAUAUGGUUAAUAAUACGUGAGUAUGAAUGUACGAACGGUUGAAUCAAAUGAGAACCUGUGGAUAUUGUGUUUGCACAAGACAAAUAAACAUAAAAUGUUAUUAUCUGGAAAAAUGAA